AUGGUUGAUUUUAUGAAGAGAGCCCUUGAAUUAGCAUCAGAAGCUUUAUCCGCUCAAGAAGUACCUGUUGGCUGUGUUUUUGUUAUAAAUUCUGAAAUUAUUGCAGAGUCAAGAAAUAUUGUCAAUGCCACACACAAUCCAACAAGGCAUGCAGAAAUUAAUUGUAUUGAUUCUGUCAUAGAACAUUGCAAAACACAUGAUAUAGACUACAUGUCAUAUUUUCAAAAUGUUACUGUUUAUGUCACUGUAGAACCUUGUAUUAUGUGUGCAGCUGCCCUUAGUAAUUUAAGGGUAAAAGAAGUUGUAUAUGGUUGUGCCAAUGACAGAUUCGGUGGUAAAACUGUAUUAGAUAUAAGUAAUUUUUAUGAUUAUAAUUAUAAAUUAGUUGGAGAUCUAAUGGCAACUGAGGCCAUGGCUUUACUGAAACAGUUUUAUAAAGGAGCUAACCCCAAUGCUCCAGAGUCUAAAGCGAAAAAAGAGAAAGUUUCAGUAUAAAUUAAUAUAUUUCAUAAGUAUAAAGUGGGAGGAUAGUAUUUGUGGAAGAUAUUAAUUAGCUGUCAUUAUGAAAAAAUUGCCAAUAUGUUUAGAAUCUUUUUAUAAUUUUUAUGUUUAGAUUCAUUUAUUGAUAGAUUAUAAGUAUGUUAAGAUUUCUAUUGAUUUAAAAUUUAGGUAUAAUUUGUGCAAUAAAACAAAAUAAACCCUCUUUUAAAAAGAGUUGUUUUAAUUAGGUUAUUAAAUAGAUGAUGUAGAUAAAAAUAUGGGACAGUUAAAUAAGAGUACAUUAAUUCUGACAUAAUAACUGUAAUUAAUGGCGCAGACACAAUCCCUGUUAAAAUAUAAGUAUAGGUCUCAUAAAUUAUAUAAAUCUAUUUCUACAAAGUACUUGACAUGUUCAAAUUUGGUUUAAAACAAAAAGACACUCAUACAUAACAAAUCCAACAAUGUCCAUAAAAUAUACUUAAGAAUAUAUAAUUAUACAAAAUAAAUGAUUACUCACUACAA